GUUUUUCUGUGUGUAAUUUUAGUUCUUGAAUCAUGAGCGAACAGGCCAAAACAGAGCUGUCAUGCAGUGAGUACGAUGGGGCAGCCUCUUGGUACCCCCUGAGGAAAUGGUGGCAGUCCAGCAGGCUUUUCAUUCAAGAUGUUGGCCUGCCGCCUUUCCUGGAGCCAGGAGACCCUCGGUGGAUGGAUGUGGACCGGCUCCAGAGGAGUCUGGCAGCCUGCUCCUGGCCAGGGUACAUACCCGCUCCACUGUUUGUGCCCUACAUCUCUGGGUCGAUGCAUCAUCCCAGCCAGAAGAUUUGCAAGGAGCUGUACAAGUGGAGGGUCAGCCUGGAAGUGGCUCACUUCUUUCCCUCAGAGAUUUCUCUCAGCGUCAGGGACGGACUCCUGGAGGUUGGAGGGAAACACGAGGAGAGGCCGGAUGAGCAUGGAUUUAUUGCCAGAUGUUUUUCAAGGAAAUACAGACUCCCAGCAGAGAUUGAUGCUACCAAAAUCGUAUCCACACUUUCUGUUGAUGGUAUCCUGUCUGUGGAGGCUCCAAUUUCCGAAACCGCCAUUCCUACUGCCAUUAUCAUUCCCAUAAAGGUGGAGCUGGAUGUGACUGGAGAAAAAAAGGAGAAAGAAGCGUCUGAUACAGAGCCAGGUAGCUGCAGAGCACCAGAGACCCCAUGUUUUCCAUCUCCAGAGGAUGAUGGGGAAGAGUGUGCACUAAAGGAUCUUGGUGAUCAGGCCCACCCUGGCAGCGCCACAGCUGGGCUUCAGCAGCAUGAAGAGAGGAGGGACCAGGAGGGAGAGACCCACGAAAAGCCAGCUGGCGAUUACCACCCUUCAACACCUGGAGAUGGAGAAGGCACAGAGAAUCUUCAAGAUUCUUCUAAGCACCAUGAAGCCCAGGAAAUCCAAGAAGACCCAGGCACAGAUCCGUCCAAACAGCCAGAGCACAAAGAUCCAGUGGUGGGUGGCGAGAUCCAGGUAAUGGCAGGCUCAGGGGGGGCUGCUGAGGAGAUCACCCAUGCCGAGGAGAUGGCGCUGAGAAAAAGUCCACCAAGCGAGGUCCCAAGCCAGGACCUGGAGGCCCCCGACAUAAAACAAGAACACACUGAGUAG